UAAAGCCAGUGUUGGACCGCUAUCAGGCCCAGAUUAUAGUGAAACUGAGAAACUGGCAAGGGCUCAGCAAGUAUAUCAUACGGCUAAUGAAAGGCAGCUAUGAGUUUGAAUCAACAAACUAUACAACCGGGAAAUGGGUCUGGAAUACAACAGGCAACAUUUGGGGAUCCAAAGAACAUUCAACCAGGAGAGUGUUACAACAUUUGGGUAAACAUGGAAUCUUGUGAAACCACCUGGGUAUCUUCGCUGAAAAACAGCCACUGCAUUCCUGAAACACCCUCCCCAAUCACCCCACCCGUGAUCUUUACAGAGACAAUACCUGUUAGUAGCCCUGAGCCACCACCUUCUGGACUCUCUGUUACUGUUGUGGCUGUUCUUGUGAUAAUUAUCGUGUUAAUCCUCUGCCUGGUUUUCAUUGCUGUGUACAGACGGAUCCGAGUGUGUCCCACCCCCUACGCUGGGAUUAAUGAUUCUCCUCCAGUUUAUUGGCAGGUGAGGAAGGUAAAAAGUGGGGAAGAUAGAUACAUUGAAGAAGAAAUACCCAUACCUACAGACUACAGACAUGAUGAAAUAAGAAAACUUGUGUUCUUUUACUGCCUGUCUCGAGAAAGUAAAAAGUGUGUCCAGGAGUUUGAAAAGUUUCUGAAGCUGGCGUGUGGGGAAGACAGGCCUAUUGAGUUUAUUGAUUUUGUAAAUCAAGAUGAGAUUGACAUUAACACAGGCAGUUGGAUUACAAAUCUUGUGGGGAAGAUAGAUGAGAGGGGAUGCCAUUUACUGGUGAUUUAUUCGUCUGGCCUGGUGCAUCUGUUUGAGGCAGAAAAUGAUGGCAUGUGUUAUCCUGGUUAUAUGAACAAGGAGCAUAAUGGGGAAUAUGUUAUCAGUUUUUUCAAAAGGAUCAGAGAUGACUUGUUGACUUACAACAGCCAUCGCGGCAAGGAGCGUGUUAUUAGUCUGGGGUCAAAGUACACAAAUGCAAUAGUUGUGGCCAGGUCACUGGCCAAUUUUAGUGGAUAUAAGCCAAUGUUGUUGUCUGAUAACUCUGGGAGAGUGUCUGUAAACAUGCUGGAGAUGUGUGAGUUUCUAGAAUCUCUUGGUAUAGCGGCACCAAAAGAAGCCCUGAAGAGGAUAGACACAGGACCCCUGGAAAGAGCAGUGGAAGAAAUGUUAUCAGUGGAGAAAGACUCAAAAUGGUUCAGAAAAAGAUAUGGAAACCCCCAGAAGAGGUCUAGUGAAGUUGGUGUGGAAAAACGGUAUUCUUCAAGUUCAGAUGCGAGUGCAAGCGACAUAGGUCCCCAAGAACAAAGCAGCAGUGGAUUUGGUACAGCAUCAUAUGGAGACCAAUAUACUGACUAUGUGACUGUCAGCCAGCCCAGUCACCUACAAGGCCAGUCUCAUAACCUGCUGCAUGAACACCGUCUCAACAACCAAUGCCUGCUGUCUGUUUACCCACCAUGUGAGCAAACUGAUAAAGAUAAUGGUUUACUUCCAGCCGACAGCACAAAGCCAGGCUUCCCAGAUGAUUGGGACCCGGUGGCGCCACGACUUCUUGAUGAAGAUAGUCAUGUGUAGAAGGUGCUCUUAAAGCUCAGAUUCCAAUAGCCGAAAUCUCCCAGUAGGAAGCAGCAUUGGCUAUCAGGCAUUCAAGUAACUGUUAUAUUUCCUAUAUUUUUUCAUUUUCAUGUAUUUGCAGAUUUUUUGUCCCAAACCUCUUUUUUUUCUAAAAAGACAAGUAAGAAUUUAAUUUUCCAUUUUUAGUUAUGUUUAACUGGCCUUCUGAUGUCUGUGUUCUCUUGUGAACUCAUGCUAAAUUUUGGAUCAACCUCAUUUAGAUUAAUAUAGUACAUGUAGUAGAGUCUGUUUGAAAACCUGGAUCAGUACUUUUUAUUACAGUUAUGGAUGUUCACUUAUUGUACUGAGUUUUUGAUGUAUUGGUUGAAGUUUUAUUUUCAUCAAUUACAGUAAUAUAAGAUUGUAUGGAAAGCAUUUAGUAUAUCUUCUUUAUUGCCAACUGGUUUCCAACAGGUGUACAGAAUUAUUUUUCUUAGUUCUUUUACGAAAAAUAUCCAGUCCCUUGUGCUUAUGCUUUCUCUUAUUGACACUGACUUACAAAUACUGCCAACAUCAGUUGAAAACAUACAUGCAAGGUGAAAAAAAUAUGUGUGCACAGCUAACAUGGGUAGAAAUAGCUUGAUUUCACAUGACCAUUACACAUGUAGUUAGGUGGCCUUGUGGUUAACAUGUGAGUGCAGCACAGUGACCCAGGAGCCUCUCAUCAGUGUAAUCGUGGCGAGUUCAAAUUCAUGCUGGCUUCCCCUUCUGGUUGUAUGUGUGAAGGUCUUCCAGUAACCUCCAGGUUUUCCAUGGCUUCCUGGAGACUGUGCCAGUUUUCCUCUCACCAUAAUGCUGGCCACUGUUGUUGUUAAAGUGAAGUAUUUUUGAGUAGGGCAUAAAACUCCAAUCAAAUAAAGAAAUAAAUAUAUUUUUGAAAAUAUAAAUUAUUUUGUGUAUUAAAUAUUGAAAUUUUAAAAUAAUAAUUCAUUUUACUUUAAAUAAUUGUAGAUAAAUUCUCCCUUAUUUGUUUGAUUCAUAUUUGUAAAUCCAUAGGUUUUCUCAUUCUGGCUCAUAUCAAUUUUUCUGUCAUUUAUGACUUUGGAUUUGAUAAUUUGGUUAUUUCAAUCAUACAAUUAGAUCAAGUUGAAAUAGUGCAUUGGCCGUAAUGUAAAUUCAUGUACUUUAUAUACGCUCCUGCUAUAAGGUGGAGCGCGUUAUGUUAUAGAGAUUUUGUCCGUCUGUCUGUUCAUAUUUGUGUCUGGGCUAUACCUCUGGUUGUUUUUUAUGUAGUUUUAAUUUUUCUUGGAUACAUACAUUACACAGGUGACAAUGUGUUGUGACACACAUAUUUGUCCAUUUCCGCGGUUGUCAUGGUUACCAGAUUGCCAUUUCCCAAUGUAUACUAUACAAAUAGAUAUGAUUUCGUGUCCGGGCUACAACUCCAACUGUUUUCCGCAUAAAGUUUCAUUUUUGUCCAUUUACGCAGUUGUCAUGGCAACCACAUUCUUAUUAGCAACACCCUUGAGUGAGUGAGUGAUUGGGGUUUAACGUCAUGCUCCCUUGAAGACUCCCCUCAGGGGUUAUACUCACCAAAGUGCUGCUGGUAUUUUAGAGAAUCAUCAUAUUGACAACACUUGGUGAGUGUGUAUUUUUUACCUGCCAGAUUGAUGUUCAGAAGUCUGUGCAUUCAUUUUUCACUGUGGGCCAGGUCUUUUAAUUUGCUCAUAUUUUCAGAAUUGUGAAACUUACGGGUUACAUUACCGUCCCGGAUAGCACAGUUGGUAGAGCGUCCGCUUCGGGACCGGUAGAUCCAGGAUCAAUCCUUGAUCGAGUCACACCUAAGACUUUAAAAGAGGAAGUUGUAACUUCCUCGCUUGUUCAGCAUGAAGGGGAUAGUGCAACGACUGGUUGACCCGUAUCAGUAUAAUGGCUCGGGCGGGGCGGCUUACUUGCCUUCGAUAAGUCGUCUCAGUGAAGCAGCACUAAAUAAAAGAGCGGUGGAAAUCCGUCCUGCAACAAGGAGGCACAUUACACGUACAUGCACCCUAAUGAUUCCUUCGUCGUCAUAUGACUGAAAAAAUUGUUGAUUUUUCAAGCACUCACUCACUCACUAUGGGUUACAUUAACUUAAUUAUGCAAAACAGUCGUGGCUGUUGCAUGAAAGUGAUGAUUAUUCAUCAUCGUUUGCUCAUAUUUAAAACUAAUUAGAGGAAAAAUCUUGAAAUUCAUAGGCUUCAUCAAAUAUGCAGGAUGCUCUUGGUUAACCCUCAGUUACGUACUAGCAUGUAUAUAGUCUAUCAGAUUGCAGUGUGUGGUUUCUGUCCAUCUGUCAAAAUAUGCCAUUUUGCGAUUGGCUUAUAUUUGUAAACUACUCAGAGCAGGAUUACACAACUCAAAAGUCAUGACAACUAUACGAAAUUGAAUAUUUUCUGAGUUGUAUGCCCACGUUUGAAUAUGUUAUAUUGGAAAUGUUGGACAUCCUUCUGUAUUGUAAUACAUAUCAGCAGUUGUAUAUUGAUAACUAACUUGUAACAUUUAUUGGCAAUUUUUUAACAUGAUGUGUAUGCAUAUGUAAUUAGUGUAUGUGUGUAAUAUAUAUAUAUAUAUAUAUAUAUACCUUUCACAACAAUUUCUUUAUUAUUAUUUUUUUAGUACAUUAGAUUUGCAAAACUGUGAUGUUUUCUAUUUGCACAUGUAUCAAAAUCCUGGUGACAAUAAACAGAUUUAGAAUGUACACACUGAUUGUAUGGCAAGCUUCAUAAUUAUAAUACACUGGAGAAAAUAUAUAGUUCAUAUAUUUCAUCGACAAGGUAUUGUACCAGCAAAAAAAGAUUUUAUACAAAUUAAUUUUUUUAAGGUAUUGUUUUAUGUUGGCUUCAAUAGAUUUAGAUUUAUCAGGAAUGUUCCAGAAGUUGUGUUUUCUGUUAGAUUCUUUUUAUGUAUAUUUUAUAAGAUAUUACUAUUUUUUUAUGAAAUAAAGGAUUUAGUAAUUUUUAACAA